AUGGUGGACUGGUGGAAUGAGGAUCAUGAGUUUAACUAUGUGGAGGGCUGUGCCGCGGUGACCUGCGUCCUGCUGGAGCUCUUGUUCGACACUUUCUGGCACAUGCUUUCCAAACCCGCGGCCACCUCCUAUUACUACGGUCAGCUGCACGAGGCGGCGUACGAGCCGAACCAUCGAAACGACGACGAGUCUGGACGCUUAGUGCACGUGCGGCUAUACAAGGAGCUGGCGAACAAGAUGGGCUCGGAGUUCAUGUCGCUGGGGUUCAUCGCCUUCCUCAUUUUCUGCAGGGCCCUCGGCAGGUCGAUCUGGGAUUGUCAACCCGCGUGCGGGUUCAGAUGUGCAACUUAUGUGUGA